GACUCCUUGCCCCUUACAAGUUACAACCAAAACGCAUGGGUAACUGCAACGGCCAACUAAGCCCUGACGCCGGCGGUGGCUCCGACCUGCCACCGCAACCCAAUGGCCUCAGCAUCCGUGCAUCAGAAUAUCCGCCGCUGCCUGGCCGCCCGCAACCACCACCGCCGACCACCACCACCACGUCCCCACUCUCCGGCAUCGGCCGCGUCCUCUGCCGGCCGAUGGAGGACGUCCGCUCCACCUAUACUUUCAGCGAUGAACUCGGCCGCGGCCAGUUCGGCGUGACCUUCCUCGUCACGCACAACACCACCGGCGAGAAGUUCGCGUGCAAGUCCAUCGCCACUCGCAAACUCGUGUCCAAGGACGACGUCGAGGACGUCCGGCGCGAGGUCCAGAUCAUGCACCACCUUACCGGCCACCGCAAUAUCGUGGAGCUGAAAGGCGCUUACGAGGACCGGCAGUCGGUCAAUUUGGUGAUGGAGCUCUGUGCCGGCGGUGAGCUCUUCGAUCGGAUCAUCGAAAAGGGCCACUACUCCGAGCGCGCCGCCGCCGCGCUCUGUCGCCAGAUCGUCACCGUUGUGCACUAUUGCCACUCCAUGGGGGUGAUGCAUAGAGAUUUGAAGCCUGAGAAUUUCUUGUUCUUGAGUACCGAUGAAGAUUCGCCUUUGAAAGCCACUGACUUUGGGCUGUCAGUGUUCUUCAAGCCAGGAGACACAUUUAAAGACCUUGUUGGAAGUGCAUAUUAUGUUGCUCCUGAAGUGCUGCGUCGAAAUUAUGGAGCUGAAGCUGAUAUUUGGAGUGCUGGGGUGAUAUUUUACAUAUUACUUAGUGGAGUCCCACCAUUUUGGGGAGAGAAUGAGCAAGGUAUCUUUGAUGCUAUUCUGCAUGGAGAUCUUGAUUUUUCAUCUGAUCCUUGGCCAUCAAUAUCCAGUAGUGCCAAGGAUCUUGUUAAGAGGAUGCUACGGGAUGACCCUAAAGAAAGGCUCUGUGCAUUUGAAGUAUUGAAUCAUCCAUGGAUGAGAGAAGAUGGGGAUGCAUCCGACAAGCCUCUUGAUGUUGCUGUGUUAACGAGAAUGAAGCAGUUCCGUGCAAUGAACAAGCUCAAAAAAGUAGCUCUGAAGGUAAUUGCAGAAAAUCUUUCUGAAGAAGAAAUUGUUGGCUUGAAGGAAAUGUUUAAAUCCAUGGACACAGAUAAUAGUGGGACAAUUACUUUUGAAGAGUUGAAAGCUGGUCUUCCAAAACUGGGCACCAAGCUAUCUGAGUCAGAAGUGAGGCAGUUGAUGGAAGCGGCUGAUGUGGAUGGAAAUGGAACAAUUGAUUACAUUGAGUUCAUAACAGCUACCAUGCACAUGAACAGAAUGGAAAGGGAAGACCACUUGUACACAGCCUUCGAAUUUUUUGACAAGGACAAGAGCGGGUACAUCACAAUGGAAGAAUUGGAGAAUGCCUUGAAGCAGUAUAACAUGGGUGAUGAGAAAACAAUAAAAGAGAUUAUUGCAGAAGUUGACACAGAUCAUGAUGGAAGGAUCAACUAUGAUGAGUUUGUUGCCAUGAUGAGAAAGGGCAAUCCAGAGUUGGUCGCGAACAGGCGUCGCAGAUCUUGAGAUCCAGCAUUACCCGCUUCUCAUUCCAUAGCUCGUUUCUCGUUUGUUGCAUUCGCCAGGCCAUUUCGCAACUAAGAGUUCUUGUUUCCCAGAAUUGGUUGUCUUUGUCCGCACCUGCUUUUUGCAAGCGAGAAUGAGCUAUAGAUAGGCAUCUUUUUGGUUGAUUUUCAUGCUCUGUUUCCUUUGAGCACCUUGCUUUCUUGCUUCUUCAAAUUGUCUGCUUUAGGCUAUUUAUGUUAAUACAACUGGCCAGCAAGAGAGUAUUUCUCUCAUAUACAGUUGAAACAGACAUUCAUAUGUUCCAUAAUGGUACACAGAACAAGUACUGAAA